ACCAACAACUUAUUCCUAAUCACUUAUUUCACAUAAUAAUAUCACUAUGGCUAACUUCAAAACCCUCUUAUCCAUAGCCAUAGCCUUCUUCACAACCUUUCUCUUCUCUUCCUUUGUCAAUGCCACUUACUACCAAAAUAUCUCUCCUUCAUUCCUUGGUUUCAAGCAAGAAAAACUCACUCACAUCCAUUUCUUCUUGCAUGACAUCGUUACAGGCCCAAAGCCCACUGUAGUCAUAUCCUCCGAGUCUCCCUUAAACGGUAAAUCCAAAUCACCCUUACCAUUUGGAGCCAUAGUGGUUUUGGAAGACCCACUAACCGUUGGACCUGAGCUUGAAUCCAAUCAAAUUGGAAAAGCUCAAGGUUUUUACUUAACCGUGUCUCAAGAUGCUGUGCUUGAAUUAGAACUUGUUAUGGGAAUGACCUUUGCGUUUACAGAAGGAAAAUACAACGGUAGCACACUAAGUGUGUUGGGGCGCAACACAAUUGGAGCCCCCGUUAGGGAAAUGCCUAUAAUUGGUGGAACAGGGGAAUUUCGAUUUGCACGUGGCUAUAUUCAAGCGAAAACACAUUCGGUUGAUUACCAUAAAGGUGAUGCUCACGUGGAAUAUAAUGUCUACGUGUUUCAUUAUCCUUCCACUUCAGGAUCUGAAGAAAUUUUUGCAGACGGAAGUCAAUUCACGACUGAACCUAUGAUGGGCAAAAUAUAAGAGAAAACUUAACAAUUGUACUAUGAAUAUUGUUUGUGUUUGAUGUUAUUUUCGUUUACAGCAUGACAUGUAUCAUGUCGUGAUUGAAAAAUACUACCAAGUCUUUUUUCGGUUCAAUAUUUAAGUUCUUGUUUAAGUUUUAAUUUGUAUUAUUUAUAAAGUUAUACAUUUUUCA